AUGUAUUUCGUUGGCCUUUCAACUCGAAUAUUAUUAGAUGAUGGCUAUCAACUUAGUUUUUUUGGUGUUCAUUCAGAUAUAUAUUGUAAAAUUCGAACUUAUUUUGUGUAUGUUUAUUUUGCAAUAUCAAAUUGGUUUUUUGUUUGUGCAUCAUUGGAUCGAUUUUAUUCAACAAAUCAAUCAGCAGUACAACGUCAACAUUUUUGUUCUACACGAAUGGCAUUUAAAUUUAUUUGUACAGCAAUAAUUGGAUGUCUACUAGUACAUUUCCAUGUUAUUAUUUUUUAUUCAUAUUUUAACGUCUUAAAUCAAUAUAAUCGAUUAACAUUAUCAUGUACAGCAAUUAAUAUUGUUUACAAUAUAUUUUUUGCUUUUUUUAUGCUAAUUUUUUUUAGUUUAUUACCUCCAGUAUUAAUGUCAAUAAUCGGAUUUUUGACAUUGAAUAAUAUUCGAAAAACUCGUCGACAUGUAAAUCCAACAAAUACUACUCAAAUUAAAGUUAGACGGGAUAGAAAUCAAUUAAUCAAGAGUCUUUUAAUUCAAAUAACAAUUCUUGUAGUUUUAACAACUCCACAUACAUGUUAUUGGUUUUAUAUAGCUUUUACAUCAAAUCAAAGUUCAACAAAAACAAAUUGUGUACGUGCAUGGGAGAAACUUAUAUUAACAAUUGCUCGACUAUUACUUUAUAUUAACUAUGGAAGUACAUUUUAUACUCAAAUACUUAUAUCAAAAACAUUUAAAAAGGAAUUUAUUAAAAUAUUUGACAACUUAAUUAAUUUAGAUAAUGAUCAACAAUGCUCUGCCAAUGAACUAAAAGAAGCUCGAAAUAAUCUGAUGAAUGUCUCCGUAAUAGAAAAUCCAAUAUUGUGGAAUAUUUUAUUGGAUAACGUACAAGCAAGAGCAGUUGAACUGUCGGAAAUAUCUACAAAAUUAAAACUUUUAGAAGAUAUUCAUGUCAACGAACUCAAUGGCACUUUACUAUGUUAA